ACAUAUCCAAGUGGAAAUAUGUGGAAAUUUUUCGUGUACAAUUGAUGAUCCGCAGUCGCGGAGUUCAACGCACAAUUGUGUCUAAAUAACUCAGUGGUUGUGCAGUUAAUCGCUGAGAUAAUCACAGAAUAUUGAAACAAUCGUUAUUGAUGGGGCCUAAUGUCGAGUGGAGAGUGGAAUGAUUCUGUUUUUGUCAGUUCUGCGAAAAACGCACUUGUGCAACGCCAUUUUGUGAGCACGCACGGUGGAGACGUAAACAUCAAACUUUCUAAUCGUGUUUAUUGGGCCGCCGUUAUGUCAUUAUUCGGUGUGAUAAGGGUUUAGGGGUGACAGUGGAUAUCUGGGGAAUAGUGGGUGGAUUUGGGGGAGAAGUGGAUUGAUUGGGGACACAUUAGGCUGCACUCGGAGGAGUUGUUUUCGCGCCAAUUCGAAUCAAGAUAUGCACCUGGUACGUCUGGCUCUCGGGAACAAACAGCUGGCCAGUCGACGUUAAUGCUGGAUUUUUGGCGUUUCAUUGACCAUUGUCAGGAGGAUAUUUGUCACCAAUUCGCAGAGAUACCCCCAACAGACUCAGAAGAGUCAAUUUCCGAGUGAUGCACCGACUCCAACCCAGUGUUGAUGUCAGAAAGAAAUAAAAGAUGUCUGGCGAUUCAGGCUGGAAUGCCGUUAUCCAUCACCCAUCGGAGUUGGAGUUACAAAAUUGGAAUUGGGACGACAACGAUCAUGACCAAGAGCGCGAGCUCCCCUCAACGGUAGACAUGGACGCAAUAAAGGGAGGGGGCAGUUGGGACCCAUCAAAUGGCCACAACGAGACCGACUCAGUGGACUCAGAGGAGGACUCCGACUCAGACGACGACAGUUCAGCGGGCUCCGAUGGCAGUUACUCCUACUCCGACUCUGAAUCAGACGACGACACAAGUGGGGACGACUCAGGCUCCAACUCCGACUGCUCAUCAGAGCACAGUGAGCAGACAUUUCUCAUCAGAGAAACGAACUUCGAGCCUGGCUCCCUGAAGUUGAAGAUCAGCAUGAAGGCGCAGAAGAAAGAGGAGGCAGAGAAGAAGAGCCAGGAGAAGCCCAAGCGAAUAACAACGAGAAAAUCAAAAGUGUGCAACGCCAAGACGUCUGAGUGUCUGACCGAGGACUCGGACUCGUCGGCAGGUCCAACGAGUGUGAAUCCCUCGUCCUCAGGCCAAACACAGUCAGCACCCCAGCCCCUGCAGGAGCUGAACCAAGAGCACUUGUCAGCAAUUCUCCCAGAGCAGGAGGACACCCCCUUCGACGGUUUCGAGGACUCUGAGAGUGGCAGACUGGUCUCCAAAGCCAUCGAGCGCAUGUCCCUGGGGGCUGACUCAGACUCCAGUGACAACGUCAACGAGAACCCAGUCCCAGUCUACAGUUCCACGUUACUCCAGCAAUUCGUCGAGAAGACGCAGCUCCUGUCCGAGCCCCGAAAGCGAAGAAGUAAAUUGGUGAAGAAGACUAAUGAAACUGAGUACCCAUGCAUCUCGAACGUCUCCCCAGACUCUGGCAUCCAAUCAGUGGACAACAGUCCCCUCCACUUGGCUGUCCCAACGAGUCCUGGACCCUCGCAGUCUCCAGUGCAAUCAGCUCCAGUAAAACCAGCUGUAAACGUCGACAGAGUGCUUUAUCCCCCAAAAAGAAAGCCAGGGCGACCCUCGAAAACUGUCUCGAGCCAGCCUCGAGGUCCUGGCAGGCCAAAAAGUACCGACAAACUCGAUAAAAUCGAGGGAGCCAAGAGUCCACCCCUCGAGGCUAAAAAGGAAGAGCCAAAAAAUUCGAAAACCACGUCAAAGUGUGUUAAAAACGUUAAACAAUGCGCUAAAAAUCAAAGGUUAAAGACUAAUGUUAAAAAACCCAGUCCCCAGAACGAUGAUGCAUCUUCUGAUAAUGUUAAUGAACAAACUUCCGUGGAUAAGUGCCUCAGUAAUGUAAAGAAAGUUAAUAAAGAGAGUAGUAAAACGUGUGAACAAGUGUGUACAAACGUCAAGCAAGUCAAGAGCGUUGAAGCACCCAAGAGUAUUAACACAUCGCCAUCUCGACAGAAAGUUAAUGCUGACUCGGUGGCCGAGGAGAAGACAAUUCGAAAGAGCUCGAAGGAAAACAGGCUGGAGACGUCACCCCAGAACAACAAGAAGCAGAUCUCCACGAAGAAGUCCCUUCCCCCGGCCCCAAGAAGAGUCCUAAAAGAGAACAAAAGCAGCAAGAAAGCUUCGGAGACGAACGUCGUCGGUGUCCAGACAGUCAUAUCACUUCCAAUCGACCUGAAGCCAAAAUCACCUGAGAAAAACACCUUCAAAUGUGAUAAACUGAUGCAGCCAGCCUUGAAGAAUCGCCACAAGCACCAUCACAAGCAUCGCCGAAGAGUAGUCAUUCCCCCAAAGACCCCGAUACGAGUCGAUCCCUCGGUCGUCGAGGAGCUCGAGAAAUUGAUCCAAGACUUUGCCAGUGCCUGUAGUUUAGGAAGAAACAAUACAAAUUCAAGCAACUCAGAGUUGCCCCAGAUAUUUCGUGUGAAGAAGAUAACGAAGAAGAGAAAGGGCGAGAGUAAUUCCAGUGAAGAUCAGAAAUUGAAGAGAAGACUGAAGAAGGAGAAGCCGUCGAGUGAUUUGAAGAGCAGUCAGAAUGCUGCACCAUCCAAUCCGAAUGAGCAGAGGCUUCCGCUGAAAAAACGACACUACCAUCUGUCGAGUCCCCACAGCUCCCAGAGUUCGAACGCCAGUUGUACAGAGACAAAUCCGAACGAGUCGAAUUCUAUGGAGAGUCACAUUGAGGAGGCCAUCGAGGCGACCAUCGAGAGAUACAGCAGCCCCGGGGGUCCCCACCAGAAGGAGAUCGACUCGAUGACCCUGAAGAAGAGACUGAGGGAGGCAGAGACGACAGCCCCAUCGAUCUCAGCCCCCAGCGACAGCUCUGACGAGGGCAAACCGUUGAACAGAUUAGAACCUCCAAGAAGAAAAAAGAAAAUAGUCAAGGAUCUGCGAGUCACCGUCACCAAACUGUCCUCUGACGGUCACUCCCCCAUGCCAGAUAAGCCAGAAACUCGAACCAGCGACAAAAAGGCGUCUGAGAAGCCCACGAGGACCGACAAAACGUCCGAUAAGAGCAAAACAACUGGAAGAGAAGCCGAAAAGCCUGAACCUAAGGAUGAAACCACAAGCUCCAAGACCUCCGACGCCAAAACCCCUGAUAAGAAAGACAAAAAGGACGUGACUGCAGUUUCAACAGCAGCAGACCCAGCAGUUCCCCCAGUGGUGAAGAAGAAGAUCAAAAGAAGAAAGGCGAUAAACCGCACUGGCUUCCCGACCCUGAAGAGGAAGAAGAAGAAGAAGCCCCCCGAGGCGCCUCCAGAGCCCCCUGCAGCGCCUGACGUCCCCCCAGACCUCGAGAUUUCGAAAAUCGACGAGAAAUCAGUCGGCUCCGAGGCCGACGCCCACCCCCUGCCGCCGAAGGGCGACGACUCCAAAGAAACCGACGACGAGACUCCCCUCGAGCUGAAGGACUACCACGAGUUGUCCUGUCACAGCUUCUCCUCGGACGUGGACACCUGCCCAGGGCACCUCCGCCUUCGCCGAGACCUGGUGGAGUGCGACGGCAGCAGGCCCUGCGACAAGCUCUGCCCAGUGAAAUUCGACAAGAUCCAGGACUCGAGGAUUUACGACGAGAACGCGACCCUCGAGGAGUCCCUGGAGCGUUACAACCAGAGCCAGAGAAUAGCGGAACUGAGCGAGGAGAACGUGAAGAAGCUGGACCGAGCCAACUCCCACAUGAGGCUGGAGCUCUCAGGCUGCCUGAACAACAACCACAAGCGUCGCAGGGGAUCCAUCAGCCCCUGCAACUUGACCCUGAGGAGCAUAAAGCGCCUGAGGAACGCGGGCUACGACACGGAGAGCGACGCCCUCCCCAGCAGUGACGUCGCCAGUGACGAGCCCGAGCUGGGGAAGCAGCAGGGCUCCUCCCACACCCGACGAAAGCAGCCGAGGUGGAAGAAGCGGUACCUCCCAGCGGGGCUGUUCUCGGACUACUAUAAGGACGACGAGCCGAGGAAGCUGUCCACCACAGACGGCAAGAAGCUGACGUACGACCCAGCUGAGCACCCCCACGGCCUCCUGCCGCCGCCCUACCACUGCGGGAAGUUCCUGCGCCAGCGAAAACUCCCCUUUCAGCUGCCCUACGACCUCUGGUGGCUGCACACCCACUCGAGGCUCCCCGGGAGGGACCUGGUGCCCUCCUGGAACUACAGGAAGAUCCGGACAAACAUCUACUACGACGUCAAGCCCACGACCCUCUACGAGGCGCAGGGCUGCGAGUGCAAGCCCAGCUCGGGCUGCGGUGACGACUGCAUCAACCGCAUGGUCUUCAGCGAGUGCGCACCCCAGCUCUGCCCCUGCGGGGAGAAGUGCGAAAACCAGAAGAUCCAGAGGCACGAGUGGGUCCCAGGACUCCAGCGAUUCAUGACGGAGAGCAAGGGCUGGGGGGUGAGGACCAAGGACUCCAUCAAGUCUGGAGUCUUCAUCCUGGAGUACGUGGGGGAAGUCGUCUCCGAGCGGGAGUUCAAGGCCAGGAUGGCGACUAGGUACGCCAAUGACACUCACCACUACUGUCUCCAUCUGGACGGAGGGCUGGUGAUCGAUGGGCACAGGAUGGGUGGGGAUGGAAGAUUCGUCAAUCACUCGUGCGAGCCCAACUGCGAGAUGCAGAAGUGGAGUGUCCACGGCCUCCCGAGGAUGGCUCUGUUCGCACUGAGGGACAUUAGACCUGGGGAGGAGCUCACUUACGACUACAAUUUCGCUCUGUUCAACCCCUCGGAGGGGCAGGAGUGCAGGUGCGGGAGCAACGGCUGUCGAGGGGUGAUCGGGGGGAAGAGCCAGCGAGUCGCCAGGAGUGCGCCAGCCCCGCCCCAGGUGGAGCCCCCUGAGCGCAAGUCUGUUGGUCGUCCCAGGAAGAACAUUCGAAAGUCCAAUAUCGUCCAGUCGGCGUCGAAAGGCCUCUGCAAAACCCGGAAAAUGGGAGAUUCAAGUCUGAUCAGCACUCCAACGAUGAAGCCAAUGUCGCAUCAGCAGAGGUGCUUCGCCCAGCAGCACCACUGCUUCCUGCUGAGGAAUCUGGAGAAGGUGAGGAGAAUGAAGGUGCCUCUGGUCCAGCCGGCGCCGGUCACUGGGAAAGCCAAAGAUAAGGCGGCUCCGGCUGUCAAGGAGAAGCCACCGGCUGAGAAGAAUCAUUCGGACGCAUUCUUCACGCAGCUGAAUGCUCUCACGAAUAAUGCUUCGAGGACAGUGAGAACUCGCAGUCUAGCACAGGCGCAGGACGACCCUGAAGUCAGCAAGACAGCUAAACUGGCGAAAGUCUUGAAGGAUCUGUACACAGUGGUGUCGUCAGCUAAUGACGAGAAUGACUCCCCUCUGUGCACACCAUUCAUCACUCUCCCGUCGAAGAGAAAGUUAUCGGAGUACUACGAGAAAGUUCAGGACCCAGUCGACCUCACGAUGAUUGAGCAGAAUAUUGGAACGGGCCAUUACAAGACAGCCGAGCAGUUCGACCAGGACAUCAUAAAAUUAUUCGAUAACAAUGUCAAGUUCUUUGGACGAACCUCGGAGAUUGGUAUUGCUGCAGCCAGACUGCGUAAGCUUUAUCUGGGGAGCAAGGCUGAUUUUAUUGAUGCAAUCACUGAAGCCACUGGGGCACCACCUGCUCAGGGCUUUCUACCGCCCCAGGGGUCGACAGCUGGCGAGGAGGACGUUAUCAGGUGCAUAUGUGGACUACACAGGGACGAGGGACUCAUGAUACAGUGCGAGAGGUGCCUCGUGUGGCAGCACUGCGAUUGUGUCAAAGCUGACACGAGUGUCGAGUCUUAUUUGUGCGAGAGGUGUCAGCCGAGGGAGGUCGACCUGGAGAUUCCGCUUGAGGGGGAGGAGGAGGAGGGGAAGAAGCAUUUUGUGACGCUUCUCAGGGGGGAGCUGCAGCUGAGGCAGGGGGACACUGUCUACGUGCUGAGGGACACCCCGGAGAAGCACACGUACAAGACUAUUCAGAAGUUUGAUUAUGAGCAGAUGGAUAUAUUCAGGAUUGAGAGGCUCUGGAAGGAUGACAAGGGGGAGAGGUUCGUGUUUGGGCAUCAUUAUUUGAGGCCUCAUGAGACUUAUCAUGAGCCCACUAGGAAGUUUUAUGAGAAUGAGGUGGUGUGCGCACCGCUUUAUGAGGCUGUGCCCUGUGAUCUGGUCGCGGAGAGGUGCUGGGUCCUGGAUCCACACACGUUCUGCAAGGGGAGACCUGUUGGGGCCACUGCGCAACACACUUAUGUGUGUGAGUAUCGAGUGGAUCGCGCUGCCAGGCUAUUCACCAAGGUCGCUAGGUCCAGGCAUCAUGUCUGCACGAAACCCUAUGCUUUUGAGGUGUUCCCGCAGAGGAUCAAGCACUAUCGUACUUAUUUGCCACACAGCUUGGAGGGCAUUCAGUCCAGCAAAUCGAUCAAAGAUAAGAAGAAGAGCUCUUAUCCAGAUCCUGAUCACAAUCACAAGGCGGAGGGGAGUGAGGGGAAAAUCAAUGGAAAGGACCAGAUUAAAUCAGUUAAUAAGGCUCGACGUAGGUCGUGUGAAGAACACAGGAUUACGCCAGCUGUUUCAUUUGCUCAGAGGGAGGAACAACGCAAGAGACUGAACGGAAUAUUAACGAAUCUGCUUCAAAGAAUGCCAAACAAGAAGGAUCCUCUGGACAUGUCAUUCCUGCUGGAACGUAACCGACGAAAUCGCAAGAGACCAAUGGCAUCGAGUCAGUGAUCCUCGAUGAGAAAAUGAACUCCUUCAUCCAUCAUGAACAAUCUCCAGCGAAAUCGGCUGCAAUCCAUUCUCUCAGACUAUUCUAGACCGUCUAGACGUGUAUGUACAAAAACCAUCUAACAAUCAUGUCUUUACACAUCUAUCCCGUCCAUUUAUCUUACGUAAUAAUUCAAAUGACUACUUUCCAGUAACGAGAACCUCUAUUCGAUGUUGUGGGAAUAAUAGGAAUCCAUCAAUUUUGUACCCUAUAUCAUCGUCUCAUUUCUCCAUAAUUUUUAUCUAUUUGCUUCCUAAUCAUCUCAAAUUGGGUGCACGGUCUAAAAAAUUUACAAGAAAUAUGUACAGAGUUAUUUGUAAAUUAUUUCCAAUUUUUAUUAGAGAAAAUCAAACGUUGUUAAGAUCUUAUAGUUGAAUGUACAAAUUAUAAAAUGAGGGACAAGUUUUGAGUAUUGCAGGAAAAUGGAAAAUUAAGAGUGCGUGAGUAGCGCUGAGGUAGCUUUGUUGCACAAAAAUUGAUAAUUAAAAAAAAAAAUGGAAUAUUAUAUUUUUCAUAAUCCCCCGGUGUUAUCGGAUGUAAAGUAGAAAUUAAAUUGAUAGACGAGAAAAGCUCUACUUAUCUAUUUAAAUUAUUAAAAAUUAUUAUUCAUCAUUGAUCGAGAUGAUUAUUUUACAGCGGCCAGUUGAGGCUCCCAAAAUGUGUCUUUUUUUCUUGGAAUGCGAAAAUGUAAAUAUUUCAUCAUGAAUAUUUAUUAUUAUUAUUAUUAUAUUGAUUAUAUUAUAUUAUUAUUAUUAUUAUCAUGAUUAUCAUAAUUAUUUUUACGUUGAAUAACGCUUGUUGCGACAUACCUACGAUCCCCUUGACGAUCACAAAUGCACACUGCACAUGCCUGAAUGCCAGAUGAUUUUUAACGAUUAGUUAUUAAAGACUCCAUGUACCUUUUUAUAAAGAAAUGAAAAAGAAAAAAAAUUCUUUGUUCGAUAAAUUAACCAUGACUAUAAAAAAUAAUUUAUCGGUAACAAUUAUCGAUUUGUUGUUGCACUUUAUUUUGUGGAAUUGAAAUUGAAGUUUGGUAAAAUUGAUAAUUAUGAAUCGAGGUUGAAUAUGGCUCUUUUGAGAUGUAAUUUUUAAUUUUUUUUUGUUUAUGAUUUUUUUUGUUCUCACAUUGAUUCGUAUAGUUUUUACCUCACUGUGUUUUUGCCAUUUGAAUGCUCUAUCGUUUGACGGAUUGAGGAGGAGCUUGAUCCGUGGGUUUUGAGGGUUUUAGUUUCUCCAUCAGAUAGUUGAAACAAAUAGCGAAGAUAAAUAGAAUGAAUCUCCAUUACACGCAAAUUUUCAUCGUUUACUUAAUAUUUUCAGCUAUGUCAAUAAUUUUGAAAUGAAAGAAACAGUUAAAUAUGAUCCGUUGCAACGGCAGCUUCAUGCUAAUUUAAUAAUGUACAUUGUAUACAAACUACUGUAUUCUUUUUCUGGAGAACAUAAAUAGAUGUUUAAAAAUG